AUGGCCGGUGCACCGACCCUAGUCUUCUCCGUCCGGCGCCGCGAGCGUCAGCUGGUGGCGCCGGCGAGACCCACGCCGUACGAGUUCAAAAUGCUCUCGGACAUCGACGACCAGGACAUCCUCCGUUUCAACCGCUCCGGCAUCCUCUUCUACCGCCACAACCCCUCCAUGGACGGUCGUGACCCCGUCAAGGUCAUUAAGGCGGCGGUCUCGGAGACGCUCGUGCACUUUUACCCCCUCGCCGGUCGGUUCCGCGAGCUGCGGCCCACGAGGAAGCUCGUUGUGGAGUGCACCGGCGAAGGCGUCGUGUUCGUUGAGGCCGACGCCAACUUCCGGAUGGAUGACCUCGGCACGUCGCUGGCGCCGCCGGUGCCGUGCUACGACAUGUUGCUCUGCGAGCCGGAGAGCCCGACGGCAGACGUAGUCGACCGCCCUUUGCUGUUUGUGCAGGUGACACGGCUGGCGUGCGGCGGCUUCGUCUUCGGGAUGCAAAUAUGCCACUGCAUGGCGGACGGCUCUGGGAUAAUGCAGUUUAUGACGGCCCUAACCGAGUUCGCCCGUGGUGUGACUGGCGCGCCGACGGUGCAGCCGGUGUGGGAGCGCGAGUUGCUCACCGCUCGAUGGCCGCCGGCCAUCACGCGCGACCACCUGGAGUACGCGCCCCUGCCCGACCCCGGCAAGGACGUCCUCUCCCCCACCGACGCGUACGCGCACCACGCUUUCUUCUUCGGGGCGAGUGAGAUCGCGGCGCUCCGGCUGCAGGCGCCGGCCGACCUGCGCGCCGCCAGCUCGCGGUUCGACCUGGUCAGCGCGUUCAUGUGGCGCUGCCGCACCGCCGCGCUGCGUUACGACCCGGGCGACGUAGUUCGCCUGCACAUGUUCGUCAACGCCCGGGUCAGGAACCGGAGCAAGCAGCCCGUGCCGAGGGGCUACUACGGAAACGCGAUCGUGUUCGCCGUCGCGUCGGCAUCGGCGGGGGAGCUGUGCCGGAGACCCUUUGGCCACGCGCUGCGUCUGCUGGUGGAAGCCAAGGCCCGCGCGUCGGAGGAGGGGUACGUGCAGUCGAUGGCCAACUUCAACGCCGCUCACCGGAGGCCGCCGUUCCCCAAGGCCAGGACGUACCUCGUCUCGGACAUGACACAAGCCGGGCUGAUGGCGAUCGACUUCGGUUGGGGAAAACCGGUGUACGGAGGGCCGGCGACGACAAUGCUAGCCACGUUUCACCUCGAGGGGAGGAAUGAGGCAGGCGAGGCAGGCAUCAUGGUUCCCAUACGGUUGCCGAAUCCGGUGAUACAUAGGCUAAUCCAGGAGGUAAAGAUGGGACUCACUGCUGGAGCUGCCUUACACAACGCAGAAGCAAGCGUGGGUGCUGAUGAUUUCGUUCUAGCAAAACUGUAG